GGAGAGAGAGAGAUCUUGCAGAUCAUAGUGCAGUAGAGAGAGAGGGGGGAGAGAGAGAAGAUGGGAAGAGGAAGAGUGGUUCUGGAGAGAAUAGAGAACAAGAUCAACAGGCAAGUAACAUUCUCGAAGAGAAGGAAUGGAUUGCUGAAGAAAGCGUACGAGCUUUCCGUGUUGUGCGAUGCUGAGGUCGCUCUUGUUAUCUUUUCCAGCCGGGGGAAGCUUUUCCAGUACAGCAGUUCUGACCUAGACAGAACCAUAGAGCGGUACCGUCAAUGUUGUUACAUCUCACAGGCUGACGACCUUGUUGAACAUGAAUCUCAGAACUUGUACCAGGAGCUUUUGAGAUUAAAAGUCAAACAUGAAGCUCUUGAGAGGACACAAAGGCAUCUGCUUGGAGAAGAUCUUGAGCCACUAAACAUGAAAGAAUUGCAUAAUCUUGAGAAACAACUCGACAAAACGCUAGCACAAGCGCGACAACGCAAGACCCAAAAGAUGUUGGAACGAGUCGACGAGUUACGCAAAAAGGGACACGAGCUAGAGGAGGUUAACAAAGAACUCAAGCACAAGCUUCAGGAAAUAUAUGAAAGUAGCCAAACCGUAGAAGAUGUUGAACUCCAUUCAGCUGGGACAAAUCACAGCUCCUUACAAAUAUGGAAUGGGCAGAAGGAAGAUAGGUCAAAAGGGAAAGCGAUUGACACGAGGACACAAGGUGGGCAGAUCAUUCAUAAUAAUAACAUCAACCACAAUGGAUGGCUGAUUUGA